AUGAAACCAUUGUUGUUCUCUCUACUAGAGAGCUCUAUCUUCUCCUUCCAGAAGCUUUCCACCACUCAUUGUUGCACAAUCAAAUGUGGUUACAUGGCAGAUGUUUACGUAUCCAAUCGAAUUUUGGAUUCUUAUACGAAACUUGGGUUCCUGAGUCAUGCCCACAAGCUGUUCGAUGAAAUGCCUGAAAGAGACUCCGUGUCUUGGAACACGAUGAUCUCUGGGUACACAAGCUGCGUGAGACUUGAAAGCGCAUGGCGUUUGUUUACAUCUAUGAGAAGGUCUGGAUGUAAGGGUGAUGGGUAUAGUUUAAGUAGGUUAUUGAAAGGGGUUGCUUUUGCCAAAAGGCUCGAUCUUGGGCAACAAUUGCAUUCUUUGGUCUUGAAAGGAAGCUACGAGUGUAAUUUAUAUGUGGGAAGUUCGCUUGUUGAUAUGUACGCGAAAUGCGAAAGAGUUGAAGAUGCUUUUGAGGCUUUCCAGGAGAUUUCAGAGCCUAACUCUGUUUCAUGGAACGCUUUGAUCGCUGGGUUUGUGCGGCUGCGAGAUAUCAAGACUGCUUUUUGGUUGUUGGGUUCUAUGGAGAUGGAGGGUACUGUGAGAUUAGACGAUGGCACUUUUGCUCCGCUUCUUACUCUGCUUGAUGAUCCAAUGUUUUAUAGCUUAUCAGGGCAAGCUCAUGCUAAGGUUUUGAAACUCGGGCUUGAACAAGAGAUUACUGUUCGCAAUGCGUUGAUCACUUCUUAUGCAGACUGUGGUUCAGUGUCAGAUGCGAAGAGAGUUUUCGAUGGCUUGCGUGGUUCAAAAGACUUGGUUACGUGGAACUCGAUGAUCGCAGGUUUCUCUAAACAUGAGCAAAAGGAGUCUGCUUUUGAGUUGUUUAUUAAAAUGCAAAGGACUUGGAUUGAAACCGAUGUUUAUACUUACACGAGCAUCUUAAGCGCUUGCUCCGGGGAAGAACAUGAAAUCUUUGGGAAGUCCUUGCAUGGUUUGGUGUUAAAGAAGGGACUGGAACAAAUAACUUCAGUUUCGAACGCUUUAAUCUCUAUGUAUAUUCAGUUUCCUACAGGCGCCAUUAAAGAUGCUCUCUCUCUAUUUGAAUCCUUGGAAUCUAAGGAUCUUGUCUCUUGGAAUUCGAUUUUGACAGGUUUAUCCCAGAAGGGUCCCAGUGAGGAUGCGGUAAAGUUCUUUAGGUGCUUAAGAUCUUCAGACAUUGAAGUCGAUGAUUACGCCUUCUCUGCGGUUCUCAGAUCUUGCUCGGACCUUGCAACACUCCAGUUAGGUCAGCAGAUUCACGCUCUCGCCACUAAAUCAAGCUUCGAAACUAACGAGUUUGUAACCAGUUCUCUGAUCUUGAUGUACUCAAAAUGUGGAGUAAUCGAGAACGCGCGUAAAUGCUUCGAGCAGAUCUCCUCCAAACACAGUACAGUAGCUUGGAACACAAUGAUCCUCGGGUACGCUCAACACGGUUCAGGCCAAGUCUCUCUUGAUCUCUUCUCUCAAAUGUGUAGCCAAAACGUGAAACUAGACCACGUAACCUUCACUGCAAUUCUAACAGCUUGUAGCCACACCGGUUUGGUACAAGAGGGACUCGAUUUGCUUAACUCGAUGGAACCGGUUUACAAAAUCCGACCUCGAGUGGAACAUUACGCAGCUGUAGUUGAUCUCUUAGGCAGAGCAGGGCUUGUGAACAAAGCGAAAGAGUUAAUCGAAUCAAUGCCACUGGGCCCUGAUCCGAUGGUGUUGAAAACUUUCCUUGGAGCUUGCAGGGCUUGUGGAGAGAUAGAGAUGGCUACUCAAGUGGCUAACUAUUUGCUAGAGAUCGAACCAGAAGAUCAUUUUACAUAUGUUUUGCUGUCUCAUAUGUAUAGUGAUCUCAAGAAAUGGGAAGAGAAAGCUAAUGUGAAGAAGAUGAUGAAGGAGAGAGGUGUGAAGAAAGUUCCAGGAUGGAGCUGGAUUGAGGUUGGAAAUGAAGUUUAUGCGUUUAAUGCUGAAGAUCGAUCGCAUACUCUUUGUCAAGAGAUUUAUUUGAUGAUUGAAGAUUUGACUCAGGAAAUGCAGUGGUUUGAUUCUGAUAAUGAGUUUGAUGAUCAAGCUUCACUUCUUGGUUUAAAUCCCUACUAGUUUUGCUUCUUCUCUUUUUUAUCUCUUGUAUAUAUGAGGUUAUACUAUAGAAGGUUAGUAUGAAUACGUUGCGAUUUUUUUUCUGUAUU